AUGAUAUCAAGAGUACAACUAUUACAAUCAACUGUAAAGUUGUAUCAACGUUUAAAUAUUAGUAGUCGUAGUGGUAGUGCUAUUAGUAGAGUCGUCAACCCCACAUCUACAUCUUCAUCCUCGUCGACAUUGACAUCAUUGUCAUCUUCAUCAUCUACUUUGUCAACCUAUUCAUCAUCAAGAUAUUAUACUAAAUCAAAUAACAAUAAUAAGGAUGAAGAUAAUUCAACAACAAGUCAAGAAUUAAAAGAACUACUUGAUAGAAAAGGAGUCAAUGUUAGUGAGGAUUUGAUAAAGUAUGAACCAUCGAACCGUGACCCAAAGGCAAUUAGAGAGUUGGUCAACGACAAGGGUAAUUGGCUAGCUGCAUUGGUAUCAUAUGCAAAGACUGAUGCCUUUUCAAUUCACACUUCCUUUGCAUUGUAUGAUGCUAUUGCAAUUCAAACUUCAAAUCCUGCACUUUAUAAAACAAUGGGAUUACCAUUGACAGUUAGAAGUUGGUUUGCAGCCACUUUGUUACACGUUUGGAUGGUAUUUGUUCGUUUAAGAAAGGAAAAGGAUGUUAAUACUCUUUCUACAGAUUUAUAUGAUCGUUUUUGGGAAGAUUUGGAAAAGAGAAUUGUUAGAGGUGGUAUUAAUCAUAGAUUUGCAAAUAAAUAUUUAAAGGAAUUCUAUACAAACUAUUUGGGUGGUGUCAUUUCAUAUGAUGAAGGAUUGUUCGAUGACGCUGUAUUGGCAGAUGCACUUUGGAGAAAUUUGUUGGCUAUGGAAGACAACACAACUGCUGCACAAUUGGAUCUGAUCGUUCAAUACGUUCGUAGAGAAUUAAAUCAUUUGGAUAAUCUUCCAAAGGUUGGUGAAGGUGAAAUUUCUUUUGGCGACAUUACAACUUUACAAAAGGACAAACAACAACCUCAACAACAACAAAAAUAA